GUUUGAACGCGGCCGCGCGCCGGCGCAGUGCGGGCCCCGCCAGCCGCGCCUGCGCAGUUGGGGAGAGGGUUGCCCGCCCGGGACCGCCAUUUUCGCUGAGGAUUGCCUCGUGCACAGGUUGUGUCCACAUCAUGACCAAGUCGGGGGAUAUUACGGAUCAGAUACAAAACGAUCUAUUAAACUGCAAGAUCUGCCUCAGUUGGUUCACACAGCCCAAGAUGCUGCCUUGUGCUCACACCUACUGCCAGGGGUGCCUGGAGAAGAUGGUUAGGCCAGACCAGAAGGUUCAGUGCCCGGAGUGCAGGGAAGAGUUUGACGUUGGUGGUGGCAUCAGCAAACUCAAGACCAACUUUUACAUUAACAGUCUGAUGGAUAUCUUCAAGAGCAAGGAGAACGAGAAGAUGGUCUGCAGUUGGUGCGCGACAGCUGGUCUCAGUGAGAUUGCCGCCAUGGCUCGGUGUAAAACCUGCCUCAAAUGCUUCUGCCCGCCUUGCAAGCUCACCCAUGGGACUGCCAACCCACGCCACGUGCUGGAGGAUCUGCCCGGUCACGUCGCCGGCCCUUGCGAGGCAGAGACAAAGAUGCAGAAGAUGAUCUACUGCCAGGGCCACCCAGGAAACCUGGUGGACCAUCUCUGCAACACCUGCAACAGCGUGAUCUGCAGCAGUUGUUCCUCGCACGCCCACGACAAGCACUUGAAGGUGUCCCUGGCCAACGCAGGGACCACAGAGAAACCCACGGUGAUGAAUCUCAUGGAGAGACUGAAGACUGACACGCAGUCGCUGGUCCAACAAGAAGACGACAUCAUCCAGGAAAUGGGGGGGAUGAAGGCGACGGAAAGAUCUCUGAUGUCUAUGAUAGAGUCCACCCUGGCCGAGGUCAUAAACAACUUGAUAAAACAGGGCGACACCAUCAAGGACACGCUCUCCAAUUACGUCAGGGAGCAGGAAGAGUUGUACAAGGUCGCACGAGACGAUCUGCAGCUCAAGAUCAAGAAGGCGAAGGACACCAGGGAAUUUUCCCAGGGGGUCCUGGAUUCCGGUAAAAUGAGGGAAAUAGUCUGCCUGCGGUCCAUCGUGGAAGACCAGAUCGAUGGACUCCAAGCACCGAGGGUCCCGGAUGACAAGAAGACCCGCCCCAGCCUGACCGUCAACGAGUCGCUCAAGAGCAUACUGUCUCACUCCAACCUUUUCAGCGUCACCUUUGGCAAAGACCCAGCCCCCAAGAGCCCGUCGGCCUUCGCGCCACUUCCCCAACUUAAGCAGAGGGCGUGGAAUCUACAUUGCUUCGAAACGGAGCUGGGUGGUGACGUGUGUGAUCCGAAGCUGACUGGCGUCAGCAUCUCCAGCAACGGCAUAAUUGUGGUGGCGGACGAGGACAAUUCCCUUCUGAAAUGCUUCACCAACUACGGGCACCUCACUGCGACCAUCUCACUGCCGGAUGAUGAUGAUAAACCAUGCAGUGUUGCCAUCUUUGAUGACACCAUCGUCUGCUCGUCUCGGAACCAGCUGUACAUGUUGGACAUGGACGGGACUUUGCUGAGGAAGCUUUUCCUUCGCGGCUCCGAGUCCGUCUACCACAUUGCCGCCUACAGGGAUGAAUACGUGGCUGUGAGUGAGGGGUCCAUGUGCUCCCUCUCCCUGUACGACAUCAACGGGCAGGUGGUUGACAGAGUGCAGCCGUACGGCUAUGAGGGGGGGCGCUUCCUCUUCCUCGCCAUCAACAGCGAAGAGCGGUUCAUCGUGGCCGACUGCGGCACAAAGUGCAUCCUGAUCUUCGACAGAGAUGGCUGCGUCUUGGCCAACUGGGACCAGGUCACCAUGAACGGAGUGGGCCGGGCGUUCUAUCCCUACAGCAUCUGCACGGAUGAAGCCGAUAACAUUCUGGUCACCGAGCGGAACCGGAUCCUCUUGUUUUGGCCCGAUGGAGACUUCAGGGAGGAGCUGCUGACCACUGCCAACGGCCUUCACAAACCACGCGUAAUCACCAUCGACAAUUGCAACAACCUGGUCGUCACCCAAGGCAACGGGUUCAUCACCGUGUACCAGCUGGACCUCUCUUAGUGCAUCGGUGACAGGAGCACUACUAGGCCAAUCAGCCCAUCGUCCACUCCGCCCUUUGAUCUCUCAUUCACUCCCAACCCCCUUCUAACCUCUCCCCAUCACCCCAGACAUCGGUACUAAACAGGAAUCUACAGUGUCUGUCUCUGCCUUGAAAAUAACAUUUGACGUAGCCUCCUGCCUCCUGUGCUGCAGCGGGUAUGGAGUUUGCACGUUCUUCCUGCGACCGCGAGGAUUUCUUCCCACAUCCCAAAGACGUGCGGGUUUGAGGGUUAAUCGGCCCUCUGUAGAUCGCCCCUAGUGUCGGGAGUGGAUGAGAAUUUGGGAUAACAUAGAACUAGUGUGAACAUGUGAUCGAUGGUCAACGUGGACUCAGUGCUUUCAGUGACAUGGGCAGGCAUGUGGAUAUGCUGGAAAUUGAGGGAUAUGGACCAUGUACAGGUAGAUUAGAUAUAUAGACCAUGUACAGGUAGAUUAGUAUAUUUUGGCAUUAUAUAUUUCGGCCAUCAACCCUGCCUUCCAUGGCAAUGAAUUCCACAGAUUUGCCACCCUCUGACUAAAGAAAUUCAUCCUCAUCUCCUUCCUUUUAUUUGGAGGCUGUGGGCUCUGCUCCUUGAUACUCCCACUAGUGGAAACAUCCACUCUGUCCAGGCCUUUCACUAUUUGGAAAGUUUCAAUGAAGUCCCCCCCCGUCCCACCCACGUCAUUCUAAACUCCAGCGAGCACAGGCUCAUUGCCAUCAGACGCUCAUCAUACGUGAACCCACUCAUUUCUGGGAUUAUUCUUGUAAUCCUCCUCUGGACCCUCCAACGCCUCCACAUCCCUCCUUGGAUGUGGGGUACAGAACUGCUCACAAUAAUCCAAAUGCGGCCCGACCCGCGCCUUCUAGAGCCUCGGCAUUACCUAGUCAGUAACUGUGCUAUGUUGGGGAACGGUCCUUGACAUCCAGGCUGUAUUCUGACUCUUGACUCUAGCAGUCUACCUGUGCACAGGAUAUUUUUACGGCAGGUUUUAAGAUAGACAGUUCUCGAGUAGUACGGGUGUCGAGAAAGCAGGAGAAUGGGGAUGAGAGGGAGUAGACUCGAUGGGCAGAAUAGCCUAAUUCUGCUCCAGCGCAGCGAUAAACUGAGGGUGCUGCCUAUGCGGAAUUUGCACCAUCUCCCUGUGACCGCGUGGGUUUUCUCCGGGUGUUUCCUCCCAUAUGCCAAAGAUGUGACGUACGGGUUUGUGGGCUAAUUGGCUGCUGUAUAUUGCCCCUAGAGUGUGGGACAUAGAACUAGUAUCGACGCGGUCUCGGUGGAAUGAUGGACCUGUUUCCUUGCUGUAUCUCUAAACUUUAAACAUUCCAGCAAUCCAGUUUUUGUAAUUAGUUUAAAAUCAGCUUAAAACUGCAUUUCUCCUGUGUUUUUGAUGGCGGUGGCUAUCUCCUUACUCUUCGCCAUCCCACCAUUGUACUAAAGAGCUGAGGGUUCACCGCAGGUAGUUUGGCGUUCACCAUGGGAUUGCUGGAGAGAUCAUUCAUAGGCAUUAUUCGUCCACUUAGGAUUCCUGAGGACCAACAUUACCAACAAUAAUGAUAACACGGUUAAAAGAUGUAAAUCAUUUAAUAAGCAUUGUAAAGAGAUGUAGAGCAGCUGCCUCACAGUGCCAGAGACCCGGGUUCGAUCCCAAUGACGGGUGCUGCCUAUGCGGAGUUUGUACGUUCUCCCUGUGACCGCGUGGGUUUUCCCAGGGUGCUCCGGUUUCCUCCCACAUUCCAAAGACGUGUAGGUUUGUCGGUUAAUCUGCUUUUGUGAAUUGCCUCCAGUGUGUAGGAUGCGAAACUGGGAUAACAUUGAACUAUAGGGGACUUGAUGGACUGAAGGGCCUGUUUGCACACUGUAUCUCUAAACUAAACGCAAUAUUAGCGAUUAUUGACCGUCUUGGUUAAAGUCCACAUUGCACUAUGAUUAAGUCUCAACCCGAAAAGUCACCAAUUCCUUUUCUCCAGAGAUGUUGUCUGACCCGCUGUUACUCCAGCUUUUUGUGUGUCUCUCUUUGAUAUUUGAUUAGUUCUCAAGCAUGGCAGUUACCGAUUAAUCUAAUCAUAUUUGUGAUUUAUGUUUAUAGUGUGAGUACAAGAGCUUAUCAAAAUGUUGUUUUCAUACAAGCUAAAAAAAACUAAUCAUUCCAUUCGAUCCAAUCUCUCGUUUGCCUCAAUGUGCUCUUUCGUUGCUGUAAUUAAAAAAAUAAAUAGUCUUUUAUAAAGUUCGUUAACAUCAGUGUGUUUCCUGUGAGUUUGUAUAGAGUGGUGACAUUUCUACACUGGCUGUGUCCAUCUGCCUCGGGCUGCUACAUUUGGUCAAAAGCAUCUUCAAGUAACAUUGGGCAGAAUCGUUACUCUUCAGACAACAUUUCUGGAGGACAUGGAUGGCUGAUCUCUGGGUCAGGCAACAUCUCUGCAAAAUCGUUAACUGGAAAAGGUGCUGAGGUCGUACGAGGACGUUACCAGGACUCGAGGUGCCUGAGCUACAGGGAGACGUUGGACAGGCUCGGACUUUAUUACCUGGAGCACUAGAGGAUGAGGGGUGAUCUUAUAAGAGGUGUACAAAAUCAUGAGAGGAAUGGAUCUGGUAGACGCACAGGGUCUCUUGCCCAGAGUAUGGGGGGAAUUGAGGACCAAGGGGCAUAGGUUUAAGGUGAAUGGAAAAUUAUUUAAUAGGAAUCCGAGGGGUUACUUUUUCACACAAAGGGUUGUGGUUGUAUGGAACGAGCUGCUGGAGGAGGUAGUUGAGGCAGGGACUUUCCCACCGUUUAAGAAACAGUUAGUUAUAUGGAUAGGUACACAAAAAUGCUGGAGAAACUCAGCGGGUGCAGCAGCAUCUAUGGAGCGAAGGAAAUAAGCCACGUUUUGGGCUGAACCCCUUCUUCAGUUAUAUGGAUAGGACAGGUUUGGAGGGAUAUUAACGAGUGAAGUGGGGGCAUGUUGACCGGUGUGGGCAAGUUGGGCCGAAGGACCUGUUUCCACGGUGUAUCACUGACUCAUUACAAGCAGCCAAAGACAUCCCACCCCUUAUUCUCAAGGACCAAAGUCAUGAUGCAGCUCUUUGGUCAGGCCGCAUUAGGAGUACUGCGUGCAAUUCUGGAAGUGAAGGCUUUGGAGAUGGUGCAGAGGAGGUUUUCCAGAAGGCUGUCUGGAUUAGAGGACUUCAGCUACAGGGUGAGGUUGGACAGACUUGCAUUGUUUUCUCUGGAACGCAGAUAGUGUGGGGAGACUUGAUAGAAGUUAGAAAAAUUCUGAGAGGCACAGAUAGGGGAGACAGUCAGUACCUUUUUUUCCCAGGGUAGAAAUGGCUAACACUUGAGAGCAGAGAGGGAGUUUAAUGGGGAUGUGUGGGG